CGACCUCUGGAGUGAUUGUCCUUUAGUUAAGCUUCCCAUUUAGUAUAACCCUACUAAAAAAAGAAAAAAAAAAUAGUUUAACCCUACUAUAGUAUUCGGAGAACCCAAACCUCCUCUUUGCCUCAUUCUGUGGCUGCUGUGGGACGCCUCUCCAGUGGGGGAGGAGGGCAAGGGAGGUGAUCUCUAGACACAGAUGGUGUAUUAAUACUCUCAUACAGUGUUAACGAAGUGUCCCAGUUUCUCCAUAUUAAUUAAUUCUCACAAUAACCUAUGACAUAGGUAUUACCGUCAUUUUGAGGAGAAUUAACUGAUGUAUAUAACCUAAUUGCUCAGGGUCACACACCUAAGUUAAGUGAUAAAGCUAAAAUGGGAUCUAGGCAUUCCAGCUCCAGCUUUGCGUAAGCUGGAGGAAGCUAUGAGGAUGUCUCCUGUGGCCCUCACCCCACACACACCUCUGGCAGUUUCAGGACUGGACAGGCACCGGUCAGCCAAAACCCAGGUAUUGGAACAAGAAAAUCACCCGUAAUCCAGACUUUCGAUGACUACCCUCAGCACUUGAGAGGGUCUAGGCAGAGGUAAGGACUUGAUAUCUGAGACGACAACCUGAGAACUUUAAGAAGGGGUGCUAGAUAAUUAGAGAAUAAGGAAAAGAAAAGUGGUGCUGAUCCACAAUUUGUUAGACACACGUGUGGACUUCACCCAAACAAGACCUGCUCUUCCUUCUCCAAAAGAAGAAAUGAAUCACUACACAGACCUUUUUCCCCUUAAGUCAUAUCUUUCCACAGACUUAAGAGGCCUAUUCACCUCAAUCAUGGAGUCUUCCUCAAAGGGUCUGCUCACCCAAGUUACUCAGUUCUGGAACCUCCUAGACGAUCUGGCUGAAAGCAACCCUGAGGGCUACGAGAAGUUUAUUCAACAGCAGCUGAAAGAAGGGGAACAGCUCUGUGCCGCCCCAGAACCAUGGCUCUGUCUACAAACCAGGAUCCUGAAACCAAAGGAAAAAAUACUUUUCAUCAACCUGUGUCAGUGGAAAAGGAUCCCAGCUCCCCAGUCAAACACUCAUCCAGUACCUCUAAGUAUUGGCAGACCAGAAGAUAGGUCUGAGACAUCAGAUGUUUAUACAGUCAUCGAUGUGGCCUACAAUCCUGAUGUUCUCCAGGCAGCAGAAAAGGACCAAGUGAAAAAAGAUCAAUUAAUACAGAUGGCCAUGAAAUGCAUUGAGGAAAAACUCCAAUUCACUCUCUCACACUCUUACAGCAUUACUAACUUUAGAAUAAAAGGAAGCAUUCAAAGGAUGAAACAAAAUCUGUUGAGAAUGCAAACUGACCCCACAGAUUUAAGAGAGAAAAUGAAAAAGGAACUAACCCUUGAACAGAUGAGUAGUGCUGUGAGCAAUCCAGAUGACUUCCAACUUUUAUUGCCAAAAGAUGAAGUUUCAAGCAAAACAAGGUGUCUGAUAGAGGAGAUUUCCAGUACAGAGAGCCAGGUAGAGAUGAAGGAACCAGCCUAUGAAUUAAAAAUUGUGGCUGAUCAGAAUGAGAAACCUCUGAAAAUUGAAAUAAAAGUUGAAUUACCUGGUAUUAAUUCCGCAUCUCUCUGUGACCUUAGUGUUUCUGAGGAUGACUUAUUGAUUGAGGUCCCUGAGAAGUACAGAUUAUAUCUGAAUCUUCCAGAGUCUGUGGAUACUGAGAUGACUACAGCAAAAUUUAUCAAAGAGAAAGCUACAUUAAUCAUCAUAAUGCCACUGGUAUAAGUCAAGAGCAUCAUCUCCUUUUGGGUUUUCAGUGCUACAGGCAUGUGAAGGAUAGGACCUUCAUUAUGGGUGAAGAGGUAGCGGUUUAUCUUCAAUACUGGUUUCAUGUUUCCUAAGAGUUCUUUUGGAUGAAAUGAGAUUUUCUCAUCAUCUUUAUACUUUUUUUUUUUUAACUCCCCUCACACUUGGCUAGAAGCAGAAACUAUUAAAACAGUAUUGCUAUACUUGUUUUGAAGCUAUUUCUAAUGGUCUUAAAAGUAACAAACUUGUCAUUUAGGAAAAUCCUGUUUCCAAGUAAAUUGUGAGAAUUCCUGGUUUACUGGUUGAAAUUCUGGUCUACUUGUUUUUCUGGUCUCUAGUAAAUGUUUGCAUCAGGAAGAAAUCCCAGACUAUGUAAAUUUUUUAUUACCAAGAACUGAAGCAGUUCCUCCAGCUAUAAAGAUACAGGGCCAUGGGGCGCCUGGGUGGCGCAGUCGGUUAAGCGUCCGACUUCAGCC